CAAGAAGACCAGCCCGACUUGACGUGAUUGGUUUAGGAACGCUGUUAUGCGAUUGUCACGCAUUUAUGUUUGAACCGUGUUGGAAGACGCUGCAGGACGUCGUCGAGAUUGUCUCAACGCUUGGGCUUCAUGAAGAUGAAGCGUAUGAAAAAUGAAGUAAUCAGCGCGACAAUCGAUUCUUACUUGAAGAGACGGCACUAUCAGGUCAACGACGUGUUUUGUAAGGGCGAUCAGCUAUUCUGCCAAAACAGCGAGCAAAUGACGUUAAGCACUACUGCCGAGUGCGGUACUUCUAGAGAUAACUCAAUUGUCUUCAGUGCCAUUACCAUUGAUAUUACUGCAGCGGACCAAGCUUAUCAGCGAUUGAAGAAAUGUGUGAAUGUUAUACUUGACGAAAAAAUAAAAGUGGAGUUGCAAGGGCUUUUGUACCCGAUAUUUUGUCACCUGUACCUGGAGAUCUUACACGCCGGCAAUCGACAGGCGGCGAUACAAUUUCUGAAAGCACACCAGAAUGAAUUUGUCAGUGACACGGAGAAGGACUUCCUGGAGGAAUUAUCCAGCGUAUUUUCGGUCCAGGAUAUCGAACUGAGACCUUUGGUGAAUGCGUUCAGAACUAGAAAGUAUAAGGUGGACCUGUCUGAAUUAGCUCACAUUUGGCUACGACAAUAUCUUGCAAAGUAUGGACAUAUAAUAGUAAUGCAGAUCAUUAAUACACACGUCACAAUAAUCCAAAAGGCAGACAAUCCUCAAAUAGACGGUGAAGUACACGAGGAGAAGAGUCAAAGGUACGAAGUGGGUAUCAAUGGACACGUGGAGCAACCGUCUGGCACUGGCGUUGACCGUGAAAUGAGGGAGUUGCAGGAAUCCAUACGGUUAAUACGAAACAAUGCACAUCAGCCACUAAGAAUAUUCACCGUAAAAAAUUCUAUAGAAAAUGCAAGUUCCGCUCUCAUUGCGCCCAAGAUGGAUAAAUUAGCUGUAGGCUUCGGUACAGCCGAGAUACGCUUAUGGGGUAUAGGCGAUACGGUCUUAGUUAAAUCGAAAGAUAAGCAAAUGCAUAUUCCAUUUCCCUGUGAUGCGUCUCCGUCUUAUCGAAGUACCGAGCAAGAAAACGCGAUAAGCGAAGCGGGAGCGAUAGUAUUAAGAGGACACACGGACGUAGUACACGAUCUAAGGUUUAUUCCAGAGUGUGAUAUUCUGCUUUCUGCAUCAAGCGACAAGGACAUGAGAGCAUGGAGACUGAAUGAUUAUUCAUGCGCGGCAAUAUAUAGUGGUCACAGUUACCCAAUAUGGUGCAUGGAUACAAGUGUGUUCAAUUUAUACACCGCCACGGGUUCACACGACAGAACUGCCAAAUUAUGGUCAUUGGACAGGACGUUUCCCUUGAGAAUAUAUGCUGGUCAUUUUUUAGAUGUUAAUUGCAUAAAAUUUCACCCAAACGCCCGGUACUUAGCGACCGGUUCUGCGGACAAAACUGUGAGAUUAUGGGCCAAGGAUGAUGGGAAUCUGUUGCGGGUGUAUGUUGGAGCUCAAUCGCCUAUUUACACUUUAGCUUUUAGUCCAGAUGGGAAGUAUCUGGCUGCCGCAGGUGAUGACAAAUCCAUAUCAAUAUGGGAUUUAGCAUCAAAUGCGUUAUUGACCGAACUGAAGGGCCAUAAGGACACGGUGAUGAAUGUAGACUGGAGCUUGGACGGUCAAUACAUCGCUAGCGCGAGCAUAGAUGGGAUUGUACGGUUGUGGCCUACUCAAGAUUUUAUCAAUACUCUGAACGGCAGUUCAUCAAACGCAAUGUCACAAUUGGAAGCGCCGCAAGUAUAUUCAACGUGUUGUUCAAGUAUUCUUUCAUUGAAUUAUUAUAAGAAGAAUAACUCGUUAAUUUGUAUUGGCACAGCGUAAGACUUUUACUAUUUAUUACCGUUAAAUUCGUUUUUUAUUUGUACAAUUUAGCGAAAAACCUUUUUGGUGAAAUUUAACUAAAAAAAAGAACUGCUUAUAUUAUCCAUUUUUAAAUUAAAUGCAUUUUUUGUUCUCUUCCGGUGAGAAAUGCAAAUACAUUACCGUUUCAGUGUAAUGUUUGUAAUUGAAUUUUUAUUACAUAUGUAAUCGUAAUCCACUGUGUUUUAAUGGACGUCACUUUUAUCAUGGAAAUUUUAUUCUUCUUUUUUAUAAUUUUUCAUUUUAACUUGUUUUUUUUUCGUAUUAAUUAUUUCUCAUCUUAAACGUGAUUGACAUUUUAUUAUUACAUCAAGUGAUUCCAUUAUAUCAAAUAUUACUCCUACGAAUCUCUUUUAUUAUUUAUUAGUUUGGAACAAGUAAAGAGUCUCUCUGAAGAUGUUUGAGAAUUUCAAAGUAUUCUACACAUUCUCAAAUAAGAAGUAAUAGCCAUGUUAAGAUUAUUAUCCAAGAUUAUUCAGUAUUAAUGGAAAAAGUACAAAGUGUGUAAAUGUAUCGUUAGAUGAAGUGACUUAUCUUACAAUUUGCGAGACGCCUAUAGUACAAUAUUUUAUAAAUAAUAUAAAUAUAUUUGAAUAUCUAGCAGUACUAGCGUAGGAGGUGUAUCUAAAAUAUUAGCAAGAAUAUUACUUCUUAUUUAAGCAUGGCAACACAUACGUGCGCGCGAUAAAAAAAAUCUUUAACUAUACAGAUUUCAUAUUUAUUAAGAUUACAUAUAUUCAUGGAUAAUAUAAGUUCACUUUCAGUCAUUAUUUGAAAAUUGGAAUCAUUUUCUUUUUUUUAUUCGUAAUGUCAGUUUGUUUAUUUGCGAUAAUGUGCUGAUCAUUUUAUACAUUUCUUGUGACAAAGAAAAUGCUGUAAUAAUUCAGUGAGGGAAAGUCAGGCAUUACGUUUUGCCGUAAAUGCGUCGUAAGUUUUCUCUGGGAAUAAUCUAUAACAAUAGGUCAUUGACAAUUUUUCUUGUCUUGUUAUAAAGACUUUGUAAAUUGUGAAUAAUGUCAAAUAGGAAGAUAAUACAGUUUUUAUAAAAACAAUCGUGUGUUCUUAUAAUAAGAAUAUGUGUACAAAAAUAUAAUAUAUAAUUUCGCAUCACA